AAUAAAUUAAAUUUUUUGAUAAAUGAAACACAAAAGUUUAAUGAACAAUUCAAGAAUUUUAACAAAAGACUACAAGCUCUCGAAAAUAUAAGAAUAUCCAAUUUACAGAAUUUUAAAACAGAAAUACGAGAACUGCUUAAGCAAAACUAUUUACAAAUGGAAACUUCAUUGUGGCAAAUGAAGGAGAAAGUAUUGGCUAACUUUGAAAUACAGGAUAAAACAUUAAAAAAUAUUACAUCCGAUGUUGAACGUUUCAAAAACUUUGAUAUCGCUUCUUUAAUGCAAAACCACAAUUGGCAAACUAUACUACGACGACAAGAUGGGUCUGAGAAUUUUAAUCGUACUUGGAAUGAAUAUAAAACUGGUUUUGGUCAGAAAAAUGGAGAAUUUUUUAUAGGACUUGAGAAACUACAUAUCAUGACCAUGUAUUCGGAGCCUCACGAACUAUUAAUUAUUUUGCAGGAUUUUGAUAAUCAAACACGUUAUGCAAAGUACAGUGAUUUUUUGAUAGGCAGUGAAAAUGAUAAAUAUACAAUUAAAAAAAUUGGAAAAUUCUAUGGUGAUGCCAAGGAUUCAUUUUCACAACAUAUAAAUUGUGCUUUUUCCACAUAUGAGCAGGAUAAUGAUAAUGCCACAAUUUCCCAUUGUGCAAAAGAGUAUCAGGGUGGUUGGUGGUUUUCGAGCUGUUUUUACUCACAUUUAACUGGUCCCUAUUUACGUCAUUCUCAUAUUGAUAAAAAGAAAGAGCAAGGUAUAGUUUGGUAUUCAUGGCAUGGUGUGGAUUAUUCAUUGAAACAUGUAGAAAUGUUGAUAAGACCAAAAUAUAUUUGCACGGAUGAACAUUAACACAUGCAUUAAAUUAAAUAAAUUUUUUUCCAAGAAAUACAAAAUAAUGUUAUCGCAAAUUUAAGAGAGAGAGCGAGUAUUCUUAGUAUUUUGUAAAUAAAUUGUUAUGCUAUGUGCAAGGUUAUGUAAUAAUUCGGGUGAUACUUUGAAUAGGGUCUUUAAUAAAUGUUUAAAUUAGUGAUGGAACAAUUGUGGGAAUAUUGAUAGCGACUUUGACGUUUAUA